GACAUGAUGUUACUGCCCUUUUCCCCUCCCCCCUACACCUCUCUCUUCCCUGUUUUCCUUCUACUCCUCCUUUUCCUUCCUCCAUCCCUUGUCUCCUCUUCCCUUUCCCACACGCCGUUGAGCUGGACUUCGCCUCAUGACCCCUGCUACCAACUAGACGGCCGCCCACGACACUGUCUGUCGGAGUUCAUCAACGCCGCCUAUGGCAUCCCCGUGAAUGCUAGCCACUCGCUACAAGGGCCUGAUUAUGACAGCAACAUCACCACCUUGACGGACCUCCACAACCCCCACAACCUCACCUGCUGGAUGGCCCACAGAGGUCCUGACACCGGAGAAUGGGUCCUCACGCUACCUCUGGGCCGCCGCUUUGAGAUCACCUACAUAAGUUUGCAGUUCUGCCAGCAGGGGGAGCCAUCAGACCCCAUCUCUAUCUCCAUCCUCAAGUCGAUGGACUAUGGGCGGACCUGGAGACCAAUGCAGCACUACUCCAGUGACUGCCUUGGGAACUUCGGGCUGCCCUCCCAGACGGUGGCCCAGACAAGGCACCAAGAAACAGAGCCGCUCUGCUCAGACCCUCGCCCACUGCAAAAGCAAAGGGGCGGCAUGGUAUUGGCCUUCUCUACCUUGGACGGACGGCCAUCCUCUCCUGAUUUUGACCAUAGCCACACCCUCCAGGAUUGGGUGACGGCCACGGACAUCCGUGUGGUCUUCCACCAGGUGUCCAAAGAUGCCAAGGUGGGCAACAUGGAUACGAAAGAAGAAGCACGAUGGCGUGAUGGUGCAGAAGAUGACAGAGGGACUGGGCUUCUGAGGUGGAGAUCGGGCCACAAGGGGCGCACUGGAGAUCAGGUCGCCAAGUUAAACACAGAUAAUACACUGGCAUUUUUUGAAAGGGAGACAGAAAACUCAGAGAUAAGGGGGGGGAACAAAGGGGAGAAAGUGGACAAACAUGGAAGGAAGGGUCAUUAUAAAGGGUCCAGUCAGGACGAAGAUGGACACAAUGUGACCAGCAAAGAAGGGGGCGAUAGUUUUAGUUCGGACACAUUUGCUUCAUCAAAGAAAGGCGGGAAAGGCAGAGGGCGAGGCCGCAAGAAGGAACACAAUCAUUGGCUGCCUUGCCCAAAUGGAGACUGCAAUUGGACAGUUGAGGGGCAGAGCAGGAGCAACAAGGGGCGGGAACUGAGGAAGAGGAGGAACAAUAUGCUCAACACAAAGCAAAGCUCCAGGAAUCUGCAGGUGGCCCCACCCUCUGCUUUUACCUCUGCUGUCCGAGCUCCUCUAGCCCUCUCUGACCUGCAAGUUGGCGGCCGGUGUAAAUGUAACGGACAUGCUUCCAGGUGUCGGCGUGACGACACAGGCCGAGCGAUGUGCGUGUGCAAGCAUCACACAGCAGGGCCAGACUGUGACAUGUGCGAGGAUUUCUACUGCGACAGACCAUGGCAUCGAGCUACACCCACACACCCAAACCCCUGUGUUGCCUGUGAGUGUAACGGCCAUUCAAACAAGUGCCGCUUCAGCAUGGAGGUGUUCCAGCAGUCGGGCCGGCGUAGCGGAGGUGUGUGUCAGAAGUGUCGCCACCACACGGCCGGGCGCCACUGCCAGUACUGCCAGAAUGGAUACACUCGCGACCACAGCAAGCCGUUGAACCACCGCAAGGCCUGCCAAUCGUGUCAGUGCCAUCCUUUGGGCGCAGUGGGUAGCUGGUGUAACCAGACAUCAGGUCAGUGUCUGUGUCGAGAAGGGGUAACCGGCCUCAGGUGUAACCGCUGUGCCCCGGGAUACAAACAGGGCAAGUCCCCCCUGCGGCCCUGCAUACGAAUUCAAGAGGUCGCUCCGACCCCAGUGUACCAACCUCAAUACAGCAUAGCGGAGGAGUGUGUUUCAUACUGCCAGCCCUCUCAGGUUAAAGUCAGGAUGAACUUGGAGACCUAUUGUUUCAAGGACUACGUGCUGAAGGUGCAGGUGAGAGGAAUGGAGCGUUCAGGUCCCUGGUGGCAGUUCUCCAUCUCAGUCCAAACCGUCUUCCGCACAGGGUCCACCUCCCGCGUUCGUAGGGGCCCCCACUCCCUCUGGGUCCCUGACCGCGAUCUUGGCUGCGGCUGCCCCGCCUUGCAUGUGGGCCGGACCUUCCUCCUGAUUGGUGCAGAGGAAGGGGAGCGGGGCUGGGGGCCUGAGGAGAGUCGCCUGGUGGCGGACCGCUCCACCCUGGCCCUCCAGUGGCGGGAACACUGGAGCCCCAAACUGAGGGGCUUCCGGGGGCAGGACAAGAGGGGCCGCUGCCCGCCAAAAUCCCCCAACAACCACCAGCACCACCACCACAGGGAACAAACAAAUCCCCAGUCUGGGUACAUCCCCCCUCACCUGCUGACUGAGAAAGACACGGAGCCUCGCAGUGUGAACACACACUCUGUGAACGUGGCUGAUACUCAGACCUCAGUGGUGCUGCACACACACUCUCACACAGACGCUGAGGUCAAAUCCACAAAGGCAACCUCCUCGCCAACUCUACCCUUUCUGGUGUGCUCUACUCAAGGUCCUGGAUGAAAAACAAAAACCACAAGGAGAUAACAGGAAGAGUUUUUAUAAUCCACUUUCUGGAUAUUCUGCAAAAAGAGAAAAACUACAAGAAAAGUGCUCUUUUUUUACAGUUUCUCCUGAAGGUUUCAGGAGAAACAGGCCUGACUUUGCUUCAGAGAAACUCCACAACACACAUAAACACAAACACCUGUUAUGUGAUGUUCAAACGCUUAUCUAAAAAUGUGAAGAAACACACAUUUCUUGUUUUAUCUUUUAUCUUGGAGGGAAAAGGUCAGCUUUCAAU